AUGACCAUUCGCCCUGACCCAAAGCCAUGGAUUGUCCAGAAAUAUGGAGGUACGAGCCUCGGAAAAUUGCUGGACAAAGUGUGUGGGACGAUCAUUCCCUCGUAUCUGAAAACAUACAAUGUCGCCGUCGUCUGUUCUGCAUUAUCCGGUACCACGAAGGCUAGCGGCACGACAAGUUUGCUUCUCGACUGUCUUCGAUGUGCAGAGAUCGUCGGAGUGGAAUCAAUCGGUCAUAUAAAUGCGACUAUUGAUAGUAUCCGCGAUGCCCAUCUGGAUAAAUUGCAGUCAUUUCGGGCCUAUUCCAACGAUACUAGCGAUCUGCUUCUCAGUGAGACCACACUGAGUGUGGUCAAUGACUGCGAAGAAAUUCGCAGAUUCCUUCUUGCAGCCCACGUCGUGGGAGAUCUGUCUGCACGCUCUAAAGACCGCGUGCUCUCAUUAGGAGAGAGAUUGGCGUGCAAGAUCGUGGCGGCUGCGUUGACCAUCAAGGAGGGCAUUCCUGCUCGAGUCAUCAACCUGGAUAACAUUGUUGCAGAAGUGUUCGGCGGAUCUCUGCCAGAACAGGAAUCGCAGUUCGAACGUCUCGGAACAGAAUUCUACCAUCGACUCUCGCGCAGGAUUGGGUCAAUAGUAUCUGAAUCUACAGAUGCGGUGCCUGUAAUCACUGGUUAUUUUGGCCUCAUGCCUCACUCACUCCUCCGGUGUGUUGGUAGAGGGUAUUCCGACCUCUGUGGCGCGAUGUGUGCAGCAGGCCUGGCUGCAAUGGAAUACCAGAUUUGGAAAGAAGUUGAUGGAAUAUUUACCGCGGAUCCCAGAAAAGUACCAUCGGCGCGAGUUCUGGCGACUGUCACUGCAGAAGAAGCUGCAGAACUGACCUUUUUUGGCAGCGAGGUCAUCCAUCCCCUCACAAUGGAACAACUACACAAGUCCGAGAUAGUCUUGAGACUGAAAAACGUACUCAAUCCCAGCGGAUCAGGGACCGUGAUCUACCCAUCCACUCCAGAGACAGAUCACCAGGUGAAGGAAACAGUGCAGGAGAGUCCGCCAGACGAUAUCUUUAUGCUUUCCAACGGAUACCAUGGGCAAUCUCGAAGCAGGCGACGUCCAACUGCCAUUACCAGCAAAGAAGGUCUCAUUCUCAUCAACGUCACAUCUAGCCGGACCACCAAGUCGCAAGGUUUCCUGGCUUCUGUAUUCUGUCAACUUGAACGAAAUGGCAUAGUUCCGGAUUUGGUCACCACGAGUGAGCGAAACGUCAGUCUUGCAAUCCAAGCAUCGACCAUCACCAAUAAAUUAGUACUUGAUCUGCAGGAAUUUGGAUCGGUAACGAUAUUGGAAAACAUGAAUAUUGUCUCUGUUAUUGGCCAGAAAAUGCGCAACAUGGUUGGCACUGCAAAUAUUUUCGGCACUCGCAUCCGCAAAAAUCAAUAUUUACCUCAUCAGCCAAGGGGCGAGUGA